AUGUCCGACGCAGCAGCUGUGGCACCAGCAGUUACACCUUCACCCGUUCGUCGUGGGCUUGUGAAACAAAUAAUAUCCGGUGAUGCGAUUGUACUUCAAGGACAAAGCUCAGGCGGCCCUCCACCAGAGUUUACCGUCUAUUUGAGCAAUGUUACGGCUCCAAGACUUGGAAAACGCCCAUCCGAGACAAGCGCAGCUACUCCAGAUGAGCCAUAUGCAUGGGAAGCUCGGGAGUUUCUUCGUAAGAAACUCAUAGGACAAGUUGUGACUUUUGUUCGCGAUUUUACCGCAAUUUCUGGACGUGAUCAUGGACGAGUUUACCUGGGGGGAACUUCACCUGCUGAUGCUGAAAAUAUUGCGGAAUCUGGUGUUUCGGAAGGAUGGCUUGAAGUUCGCGUUGGAAAGAUAGCGGAUGAUUACGCUAAUAGAUUGCUUGAACUUCAAGAACAAGCAAAAGCUUCUGGCCUUGGAAGAUGGAGUUCCACUCCAGCUAAAGUCCGAGAAGUUAGAUGGGUGAUUGAGAACCCGCGUGAAUUGGUUGAUAAGUAUAACCAAAAGCCCGUGGAUGCUAUUAUCGAAAUGGUUAGGGAUGGAUCAACGUUCCGAGCGAUUCUUCUUCCCAAUUUUGAAUAUAUUACUCUUCAACUCUCUGGAGUCAGAGCUCCUGCAACUCGCGUUGGAUCCGAUGGAAAAGUGGAACCAUUUGCGGAAGAGGCUAAAUUCUUCGUUGAGCAACGUCUUCUUCAACGUGACGUUAAAUUUGUCUUGGAAUCAGUUUCGAACCAGAAUCUUGUUGGAUCAGUACUUCAUCCAAAGGGAAAUAUUGCUGAAGCCUUAGUUCGCGAAGGUUACGCGAAAUGUGUAGAUUGGAGCAUCGGGCUUUGCACCGGAGGGGCGGAGCCUUUGAGAACUGCCGAGCGACAAGCCAAAGAAAAACGAUUGAGAUUAUGGAGAGGAUAUCAACCGUCGAGUAGUGGUGUUUCUGGUGAUAACAAAACAUUCACCGCCAAGGUCGUCGAAGUGGUUCUCUCUGAUGCUUUAGUUCUGCAAAAAGAAGAUGGCUCAGAAUUGAAGGUCCACCUUUCGUCGGUUAGACUACCAAGAGAAACUGGAGGAGAAGACAAACCUGCUGUUGGACGCCAAUUUCGACCACUUUAUGACAUUCCCUUCAUGUUCCAAGCUCGUGAAUUUCUUCGUAAGCGGCUUAUUGGCAAGAAAGUUCAAGUUCACAUCGACUACAUACAGCCAAAAUCGGAAAACUUUCCUGAAAAAACCUGUGCUACCAUAAAGAUUGGAGACCUCAACAUUGCCGAGGCAUUAAUCUCUCGAGGAUUGAGUAAAACGGUACGCCAUCGAAAUGAUGACGAGAAUCGUUCGUCUGAAUAUGAUGCACUUCUUGCUGCUGAAGCUAACGCUGAGAAAGGAAAGAAAGGAUUGUUUGCCGACAAAAAUCCGGAGAAAAAGGAUACUCUCAGAAUUCAAGAAAUUGCUGGCGAUGUUGCAAAAUCUAAACAAUUUUUACCAUACUUGCAGAAGGGAGGAAGAGUGGAAGGCGUCGUUGAAUUCGUUGCUGGAGGAUCUCGUCUUCGAAUCUACAUUCCAAAAGAGACAGUUUUAAUCACAUUUCUUCUUAGUGGAAUCAAUUGCCCAAAAGGAGCGCGAAUUGGACCAGGUGGUGUUGUCAACGGGAUUAGCGAGCCAUUCGCGGAAGAAGCUGCCGCUUUCACACGCAAACUUGUUCUUCAACGCGAAGUGCAGAUCGAAGUUGAGACCACUGAUAAGUCUGGAAACUUUGUCGGAUAUUUGUUCGUCUCUCAAGAUGGUCACAAGGCUGCCAACUUAAGCGAGUUGCUUUUGGAGCAAGGAUUCGCUACGCUUCAUUUCACCGCUGAACGUAGUGGGCACUACAAUGCUCUCCUCUCAGCGGAGAAUAGAGCUAAAAAAGCCAAGAAGAACAUCUGGGCGAACUAUACCGAGACUGAACUCCAAGAUGAGGUUGAAAUCCAAAAGAACGACACCGCGGAACGUAAAACGCAAUAUCGAAAAGUUGCUGUUACUGAUGUUGCCAAAGAUUCUCUUCGGUUCUCAGCUCAAAAUGUGGAAGAUGGUGCUCGCCUCGAAAAAAUGACGUCAGAAUUGAGAACCCAACUUUCUCAAAAUCCACCAAUUUCCGGAUCGUAUACUCCAAGACGUGGGGAUUUGUGCGUUGCUAAAUUUUCUGUUGAUGGACAAUGGUAUAGAGCGAAGGUUGAGAGUGUGAAAGCGGGACAAGCGGAAAUUCUGUAUAUUGAUUACGGAAACCGUGAAACAGUACCUUCUGCUUCUCUUGCUCAAAUUCCAUCAGGAUUUUCUAGCCAAUCAGCUGGAGCCCGCGAGUAUCAUCUUGCACUUGCUAAACUCCCAACGGAAGAUUACAUUCCUCUGGCAAUUAGCGAAUUCGAAGCACUAUUGUUUUCUGCUCCUUCUAUUGAGAUUAAUACUGAAUAUAAGGUUGGAACUGCAGAGUACGUACAGGCUCUCGCUAACAAUCUCGACGUUGCUAAAGUAUUGAUUGAAGACGGAUUCGCCCUGGUUGACAAACGCCGCGAACAACAACUUCAAUCUCUUGUGUCUGCGUACGAGGCUGCUGAACAGAAAGCUCGUAAAGGAAGAAAAAAUAUCUGGGAGUUCGGUGAUUUCACUGGAAAUGAAAUUUAA